AUGAAGCACCGACAGUACCAGUGUCCGGUGCUGAAGAGAAAGCGAGCGAGUGAGCGCAAGGAAGGAGGCCAUGGAAAAGGGGGUAAGGGGCUAGGAAGAAGCUUGCCACAAGGACAAGGGGGAGUGGCAAUCAGAGCACCUUCAGUGGCAGCAGCCCAGCCCGUGGGAACGGGAGUAAAUGGAGGUGCUGUGAUUCAGCAACCCAUAAUGCCACAGACGUCGGUUUACACAUCGGGCCCAGCGAUGGCCUAUGGUGACCCAGGCAUGGCAGGGACAGUCCUUCCAGUAGCAACCUUAGCGACAGCUAGUGUUGAUUAA